UACUGAUGCAGAACUUAUGAUCACUUAUGAAGUAAUUUUUAGAUGGACUUGAAAGUUUCUUUUCAUAACCUGGUUUUAAUUUGGCGUCCUCAAAUAUGAAAGUGAUGAAUGAUGUUUCUAUUUUUAGUCUCAACAUUUGCAAUACUUACUUGUGCAGUUCUGAUUUUCUUUCUGAAGUUUUCAUCUGAUAAACAACAUCAUCAACAACAGACCAAUGAUAUCCAGGUAGAUGCAGUAACCUUUUUAAGAUCAGUGAAGAGUACUAAGCCAUUUCCCAUAAGUUCAGCAUUAGGUUGGAAGGUAUACAGUUUGUGUACUGACACCAGAAUAUGGAGAAGAAAUAUUAUCGUAGACAAUGGUGGGAACAGGGUUCAAAUACUUGGAUGUUAUGUUAAACUCCCAGCUCCAGUUCAGGUGGCCAGUAAGGUCUUCAAGGAUGUAACUCAAUUUGUUGAAUGGCGUCCUGGAGUAGAGUCUACAAGCGCCUGUGUAAAUGGCUCAUCCAAGGAGUAUAGAAAUGUGUCACAUGACCUCAUCAACAUUGUUACAGCCAAUCAGAAACUCAGUAAAUACUCUGUUGUGGUGGAACAACAAAAUAUUGAAAGGUUUUGGAAGAGAGAAGAUAAUGGUUGUUUUUGGAUGUUAGAAUCUGGUGACAGAGGAUUACUACUUUACAUUCUUCAACCUGUUGAAGAUGUUGAUUGUUGUUGUUUGACCAUAGUGAGUCAUUUUACAUUCCCUGUCACUCUACAAGACAGUGCUACCACCAUUUCUAGUUAUGCUCAGUCAAUAAAAGAUUAUAUGUUCUACCGGAAGAUGAAAGUGACCCCUUUAUUGAACUUUCACAUUCCUCAAAACGUGGCAGUGAUUGGUGCAAAAGAAGCCUAUGACAGAACUGUUGUCACAUCUACUGGGAUGGAUGAUCUCUUAGAUUCUUCUACUUAUUCCUCGAGUGAUGAUGAAAAUUCUGAUUCUUUCUACAAAAAAUUUGAAGGUCUUCAUCCAAGAGAAAAACACAAAAUUUUACAAAAAUCUAAUUUCAUUCUUCAUGUUAAAUCGCACGACCAAAGACUAAGAUCUCAAUCUGACACAAAUACCGGUGAUGUUAAAACUAAUAUCGUAAAACAAAGAUCUUCAACACUACCUAAAGAUGUAAAAUCCUGUAGAACUGAUCAACACAAAACUUCUACCAAGUCUUUAGAUUUGGAAAGGAAAGUUCACAAUGAGAAAAUAGAUCUUGAUAGUUCUAAAAGUAGCAUAGAUGAUAAUGUUUUUAUUGAUGAUUCUACAAAGGAUAUGAGAAAUACUCAAAAUGAGAGUCAAAUUUUGCCAAAAUCUGACAAUACUCAAAGUUCUGUGAUACCUCAAACCUUGCCUCCACAAAAUGGUGCUCUUAAUACUCGCAAUAAUGUGCCUUCGUCUAACAAAGAAAGCAUCUCAAAACUUCCUCACAUAUUGGAGAAAGAGCCUUCAGAUGAUGCUAUAAUCGUUCCACAGAAUAAAAACCAAGAUACUGAACAAAAUAAUGGUGCUAAGAAAGAGAGAGUUUCUGGUAUGGAUUCAGAUCAUCAGAAUAGGUCUGAAGACCAGAAUGUUAAACCACAGACACAGUUGCUGUCUUCCCCUGAUGAUAUCAGAUAUAUGACCCUAGCCAACCAAAGUGCUGCUGAUCUUCUAGGAGAGUAUUUUCAAGUGUCAAAUAUUGAUUUGAAGAAACCUGUGAAUCAGCAGACGGCAAUAUCUGGGGGCUGGGGAUUCUGUGGAUUAGAGAAUGAUGUUGUCAUACUGAAGAAGACACCUGCUGAUGGUAGCAACAUAUUCAGUUACAUGGGUAAAGGAUUGAUUCAUGCCUCACCACAAACUGUGUUAGAAACAGUUAAAAAUCCUAGGACUAAAUUUACAUAUGAUGAAACUUUAAAGAAAGUAGAUGUUUUGAAUGAUGUAACAAAAAAGAUCAAAAUAGUUUACUUCUACCAUGAAGUGAUUAACAUGUUUAAGAAGAGUUGUUAUGACUUCUGUGUCCUACAGACUGAAAGACAAGAUGGGGAUAAGUUUGUGUUAGCUAAUUCCUCUGUAGAAUAUGGGCUACCUGUACCAGUUGGUGUUCAGAGGGCUCAGAUGUAUCCUAGUGGUUGGGUUAUAGAACCAGUACAAAAAGAAAAGAAAAUUUAUUCCAUGGCUACUUAUAUUAUUCAGGUAGAUUUUGGAACAGCCAAAAACAGUAUGGAUAAACCCCCAGUUGAUGAACUGGUGUCUAAACAAGCCCUCAGCAUUGCCUAUCUUCGUCAGUUUCUUAAACCUGCCAAAUGGAUAUCCCGACAACAGUCUUCUCCAGUUCCUAGGCAACAACCAUCACCAACUCCUAGAAAUAAGUCUUCCACUUCAAAUCAGCAGUCUUCACCAGCAGUAAGACAGCGUCAGGUUACAGCAGUAUCAAGGACACAGUCAAACCCGGUUACAUAGUAAUUUACAUUUCCAUGACAACUGUUGUUGAGGAUAUAAUUAAGCACUUUAUUGAGCAGUUUAUGUUCCAUGACAACCCAUGUAUUUUGAAUGCUUUUGCUUGUUUAAACACAGUAUACACAUUACGAUAUAGAUGCCUUGUAUUGAAUACCGAACAGUGCCACAAGUGCCAUUAUAAAGUCAAUUAUUGGGCAUUUGUUUAAUAUAAAAAUAUAUAUUUUUAGUACUGCCUUACACAGUCAAUCAUUUUUUAAACCUAUUGUAUAAAGGAUAAGUCUUCUGUGCAAAAUUAGUAUUCAAUUACUUACACAGUCAAUAUUUUUUUGGCCAAUUGUAUAAAGGUUAAGUCUUCUUUGCAAAGUUAAUAUUCAACUUAUGUUACUUUUACCCAAACAUUAGGAAAGACUUAACUUUAUGAUUUUUGUCUCACCCUAAUGAAGUGAGAAUUAGGCUUGCUGUUUCCAUUUCCAUUGAGAUUACUCUACCCCUUCCACUCAGUAAUGCUCCACUGACUUUGAAAUCUUUGUAAAGUUAAUAUGUUACAGUUUUACCAUUUAAAUUAAAAACAAUUGCAUUAUAUUAUUUAAACUACAUGCAGGUGAGACAUAUCUCAGUGUAACAGUUUAUUAUAAAUAAAUAAAAUAAUCAUAAUUUAAAAAGUUUAAACAAAAAAGUUAAAAAGUAGUUUCACUUCCCAAUCCCAUUUGUAUCUGAUUUUGAUUUAGGAAUAUUCUGAUUUGUUCCACUUCUGUUUGAAUGUUUGAAGAUGGUGUCAGAUAUUUUUCUUAAUUGCUCUUCCAUUUUGUCGUCAGUUUCAAGUAACUGAGCCUCUAUAUCAAAGUCUAGGUAAACUGGUUCCCCCAUGGUUUGGGAUUUCUUCCAUUGUGUGUUCUCUGUAAGGUUAAAAAAAGAAAAAUGAUAUUGUCUUCAGCUGUUUAAAAAUUUAUUGAGCAGAUGGUUAUUUAAACCAAUGAUAUGUGGACUUCUUCGUAAAUGGACAAGAAUUUUGCGUUGAAACUACCAUGCAUAAGUCUGCAGUGUCCUGGUUUAGAAUAUGUUUCAUUUUCACAAUUUCUUCUACAUACUAAAUUGACCAUAACCUUUAAAUAAAAUAUUAUGCUCAAUAUUACAACUGCAGUUUCAGGGUAAAAUACUGGUACUAAAUGAAAUUUACACAUUAUUUGCCAAUCUUUUCUUUCUUUACACAUGUGUUUGUUAAAUAUAAAUUUAUUCACAUCAAUUAUAUAUUUUUUUUUUUUAACAUAUAAUUGCUAACAUGCUUUGCUGUUAGGUUUAGUCACAUUUUUAAAAGGUGAUGUUAUUUUAUUUACUUAUAUUCUUACAUUUAAACAUAAAUAUGGUAAUCGAUCGUUAAUUAUACAAUAAUCAGCAUAAAUUAAUGAAAACAUUAUAGUAUUACACUAAUUUUAAUUUUUAUGAGAAAUAUACAGUUUCAGGGUAUAAAUAAGAUAUGAAAAUAUGUCACAAUAUAUUUUUUUUUAUAUUCUUAACAUAUUUAAGUUAUUAUCAAAAUUGUUAUUGCAUAAUUGCAUAUAUAUAGAUAUACCUUUGUUACAUGCUGUGCUAAUUUUGCUAAUAUUUAUAAUUGACUAUAAAAUAGUCAUUACCUGCAUUUUGCAAUAUUAUAACUUUGUCACAUGCUUUGCCAAUUUUACCAAAUGUUUCUUAUAGGCAGGUAGGGAUUCAGACAAGGACCAUCAUUUCCCAUUUCAUCUGUUCUUCAAUAAAUAGGAUGAACCUUAUCUAAUAUCUGUGUCAAGGAUCAAGGUAAUUUUGCUAGUCUUGUGGUGUUCAGUGCCCUUGUUAGGUGACAAAAGACAGCUUCACAGUCUCUGUUUUGCAUAACAAGCUUAAGAUCAUGCAUUUCCUUUCAAAAGUGUAUAUCCAACCAAUUUAUUACUACCUUGAUAUGUUGUAUAUAUACAUGUACAUGUAUAGAGAAUUUAUUUUCACAUUUUUGGUAAAUGAAUAUUUUAUGUGAUACAAAGUACAUAUAAAUACAAGCAUUCUAUUUUAUUAAAUAUUUGAAUACAUGUUGAUUUAUUUCAAUAAUACCGCAUACCAGUAUUUAUUUUUGUAGCUAUAUUUUGAAAAAUUCUGUUUUGAAACUGAUGAAGAUAUUUUUGUAUUGUACUAGAUUCCUAAAAAAAUACUUGAAGAAGAUAAAACAAACUGAUACUGUUAUUUGAAUAAUUUUGAAUAUAAAAGGAAAUUUAGGGUGUAUAUCAAUGAGAUAGCAAUCCAAUGACACAUAAUGAAAAGCCAUGAAUUAAUUUAAUACAUGAAUUGUUGUAAUAGAUUAAUUCAAGAUAAAUGUGUGUCAUAACCUCUAUUCUGUGAACAUCACAAUCAGUUUUCACAAAAUCACAUUUUAGUGACAAUGUUCUUAUUUAAAAUCAACAUAGCAAUUAAAAAAAAUUAAUUCAUUGAUUGUAGUAAACUUAGUUUGUAUGUUACAGUAGUUUCCUGUUUAUUUCCUCUAAAGAUGGCCAAUGAUAUCAAUUCAUUUUUGUGUUUAUGUUUUCUUUAUUCAAUUUUUUCCGUUGUAUAUUCAAAUAUACUCAAACAUUAUUUUAUUUAUUAUGCUUGUUUUGUUUUAGCUCAUGUUUUACCUGAAAGGUGCUGUAAUUUUAAAUGGUCAGUGAUUUGAGUAAUAAUUGUAUCAUGUGAUUUUAAUAUUGCUGCUAUUUAUAGAUUAUUUUGAGAAUUUAUAUGUGAACAUUUUAGUUUAUUGAGUGGUAAUAUCCAAGAUACUCAUGCUUUUUUUAUUUAUUAUGUGAUUAUCAUUUGUAGGUUUUUUUUAUUUGCCUAAAAAUUAGUCAGUUGCAUUGAUUGAAACUGCUCAUGAGUAUGCAUGAAAUAAUUGCCACUGGAAAAUAAACAAGCAACAAUCAAUCAAUAUAUUGAAGCUUUGCAGGUGCCUAUCCACAAGGUAGACAACUCUUAAUUUAGAUCAAGUAAAAAGAAAUAAUUGUUGAAUUCAUGAAAAAAAUGAAACAAUGUGAUUGCAUAUAACAUUUAUUUGUAUUCAGUUUUUGUACAUAAAUUAUGUACAAUACAAAUGCAUUAUCAGCUCUCCACAGAUAAACCUAUUAAUUAAAACUUAUUGUUAAGAAAUGUAUAUAACAAAAUAUGAUGUUUUGCUAAAUGCAAAAGUUACUCAGUUUUACUGCUUUCAUGAUUUCAGCAUUACAUGCACAUAUGUUAAUCAAUGUUCAUGCAAUGAGAAUUUUAUGAGGAGUUACAAUGUAUUUGUAAAGUUGAAUUUGAAAUUGAUAUUGCUCAAGUGAAACAUCUUUUGUUUUCUUUUCGUUUACAUGAAUAAUAUCUUUUAUUUCAAAUCACCUGGAAUACAUAAACCCUAAGCAGUCCAGGGCAGCUGACAGAGGGGUCCCUGCUUUUAUUUUACAUAUCCCAUUUGCCAGGGAAAAUACAAAUGGGUGAAAAAACAUUUUAUAUAAAAAAAACCAGCAUAUGUUUUCAAUUACUAUUCUUCACACCUUCAAAUUUUGCAUUUUCAUAUAAUAUUAUGCUUUUAAAUACAAAUCUUAAAUAUAUAUAAAUGUUAUUUUUUAGUUUUGUUCUUUCUAACCAUUUGUACGGUUUAAAUUUUAAAUGUGAUCUUGUGUUAGGAAAAGACAACCAAUUACAACCAAUCUUUGAUUCAGGUGACAUUAAAAUACUUUCUAGAUGUACCUGACCAAAAAUUUAGCUGUAGCAGAUUUAGUUUCAACACCUGAAAUAAAAUUUAAUUGUUCUAUAAAAUUAAAACAGACUUAACCACUUGCAAGAAAAUUGGUUUUACAUAGGUGUAAUUUCAGUCUCGCUGGGUUGUUUCAUGAUUUUUUGGUAUAACUAUGACAAGUCACUUUGUGACAUAAGAUUUGCUAUUACAACUAUUUUUAAAAUGCUUAAAAUUGAAAUGACAGCAGUCAAACCAUGACCUUAUUUUGCUUGAUUGUCUAAACAGGUCAAUAAUCUAUUGUACUUAGGUUCCAUUGUUUAUUAAAAAAAAAGUGUUUAACAUUCUCAUCAUCUUUUUAUUCAUGCUCUAUAUCAUGUUAUCAGGGUACUUAAUUACCAAUUUAUGGUGUCUGGAGACGUGAUGGAAGUUAUAUAUAACCCAAGUAUCAUAUCAGAAAUACAUAUAUGAAACAUUUGUAAAGGGAAAAUAUUUCACAUUGAGCUAUCUCCCAUUUAGCAAAUAAAAAAAGAGGGCCAGUUUAUUCCUCUUUCAAAAUUAGUAGACCUGGUUUUCUUUUCUAUAUUUGGGAAGAGUAAUAGGAGGGUUUUUCUUUUCAGAAAAAAAAUAUGUAAAUAUCAUGAGUAAUUUUUGCUUCUUAUUUGCUAUUUUUCUUCAUAUUGAUAUAAAUGAAAUGGAAGGUCAGUGUUUUAAAUGCUUGUUGUACAAAUGUUCUCUUGGUAACCUAUUGAUAAUUAUAUUUUAUCUCCACUCAGAUUAGUGCUAAUCUGAACCAACAAUGGCAGGAAUAAUUUUGAAAGUUCUCUAGUAAUGGUCUGACUUUAGAACAGAAAUGAAGUUUUAUUCAAAUACCGUUUUUUGUUUAUGUAAAUGUUGUAGAAAAGAUAAUUUAGAUCACUCAUAUUGGUGCUAAUCAGCCAUAGAACCCAAAGAUUGUAUUGACUUAAAAGUUCCUUAUGAAUAAAUAGAAGUCUUAUUUUCAUUUUCUUGCAUAAAAAAAAAUACAUGAAUUACCUAAGCAAAAUUUCUUGUAAUAUUUUGAAGGUCAUUUACAAUUUACCGAAAUUUUUUAUUUCAUGUGGAUCAGAUGAAAACUUCAAGGUUAACAUUUUAUAUUCCCUUCAGUAUUAACCUCUAAUAGAACCUAGUAAGUGAAAUGCAGGAUUGGAUGAUUCCUGAAUGGUGACACACUGGGCCUCUAGAAAAAAACAAAUGCAGAAAAUGAUUUACCAAUUUGAAUCAAAACUUUGCAAAAUCAUCAAUUUCUAUUUGCUUCAAAGACAUGGUUAUGGAUCAGAAUGUUCUUUUUUUUUUGUUUAGCCAGCUUCUUGAUGCAGAUUUUAGCAAAUCUGCAAUAUUACCCUAUAAAGCCUACCGGUAAUUGUUUUCUCUCUGGUAUUAUUUGCAGGAGGGAGUGGGUGCAUUUGGUAUUUGGAGGCAACUAUAUAGGGAGAAACAAAAAUGCUUGUUAUUUUUCUAUUACAACAUUGUCAGAAUAUUUUUUCUUGCCAAAAUCUUAGAAAUAGUGAAUAUGGACACAAAACUCUGGAUACAUCAAUAUAUAUUUAUUAUACUUCACAUUAAAAUGCAAGAUUUUGAUUGGCUAAUAUGAGGGAGAUGAUUUACUCUAUCCCAUGACUCAUUGUCAUUUUUUUAAUGUCACCCUCUCUUGCAGACCAUUCAAAAAUCAAUAAUUUAAUGGACAAUGAAUUGAAUUUACUGUUACACCAAUAAAUUAAAGACAAUGCUCAAGUUCUAGUUUUGGCCUUUCAUAGACUGUUAAAAUAAAAAAAAAUAUAUCUUGCUUCUCUUCUUGGUUUUCUAAUAACUGUAAAGUUGUUAUGUACGUGACAUCAUAAUUAAGUACUUUCAAUUUAAAAUUUAACAGUAAAAGACAAUAAUGAUAGAGCAUUUAGUAUAAUAAAUUGAAUAACACAUAGAUGAGAGGGUGAUAAAGCAGAUUGUUACCCCUCGAAAAAACAUUGUCAAUAUCGGCUUUGCCUCAGUUGACAAUGUUUUCUCUGGGUGACAAUCUGCUCUAUGACCCUCUCAGCUAUGUGUUAUUUAUAUAAUGUUCUUUGUCUAACCUGUACAGAACUGUGUCCGAUUAAUCAAUUAUAUUUGUUUUUUAUUUAUUUUAUUUUAUUUUCAUGAAGGCAACACCAAAUGAAUUUGUUGAUCUUUGUAUUCCGUCUGCUAAAAACAGGGACAAACAAUAUUUUUUUAUAUUUUGUUUGGAUUUACAAAUAACUGAUGACCAGCCCAAAAUAUUCUGAAAAAGAACAUGUGUACAUUUUUUUUUAGAUUUUAGAACUUUUUUUGAGGGACCAUUUAUUUUUUUAUUUGAAAAUUGCUGAUAAAAAAAAAUGCAACAAAAAUUAUGAAAAAGGUGGCCAUGUAACGAUGUUAGAAUUUCAUUUUUAGAAAAAAAUUAAUCAUAAUAUUUUAGGAACAAUCAAUUCCAAAGAUCAACAAAUUUAUUUGAUGUCCUAACAUUGAUUUUCAACAGAAGUUGUUGUUUAGUGAUGCACUAAAUUAACAGAAAACAUUUUAAAAACAAUGCAAUUUUUAUUUUCACUGUAUUUAUAAAACCAGUUUUAAAAUGUUUUUAUUUGUAUAAUACGAGUUUCACUUUCAGGGUACCAGUAUAUAUUUUACAGAAAACAUGGAUGAGAUUAUUUAACUUUUAUUUUUUCCUGAUAUAUAAACAAAGUAUCUUGCAGUUUUAUUGGUGAUUUGAUAUUUCGUUUUUAUGCUUAAAAGUAAUUUAAAAUUGAGUCUUUAGAAAGCUUGUGUUGAUUGUUAAUGCUGAUGUUUUGUUUAUACUUUGCAUAAAAAAAAAGAACUCUUGUAUUAAGAUUCAAUCAUGAAGCAACCAGACCACAAAAAUUUAGUUUAGAUCUUUAGAUUAAAGAGGACAUAAGCAAUUGAUUUUCUUUCUUGAAAUAUAUAUGUAUCAGUAGAAACAAAAUGCAAAUUAAAUGGUACAAAGGACUUGCAUGUAUAUAUAUUUUUUUUAAAUACUUUAGCCAUAAAGUAUCUCAAUUGUAAUGUAUUAAUGAAAAGAAAUUGCAAACUUUUGUCAUUUUGUAUUUUGGAACAUGUGGAACAAUGUGAAAUUUUUAAAAGCUUUUAUCAGUUUAAAAUUGGAAGAAGUGAGUCCAUAGGACUAAAAAGCAGUUUUGUGUGGCCUAACCUAUGUGAAACAGUCUUGCCUUAUCAUAAGAGUAAUUUACUAAUCAAUGCAAAUUAUGUUACAAAUCAAUGCAAUUUAUUGUUAAUUUUUUUGUCUUUAUUCUUACAAUUAUAAAACAUAUUAUGGGGUGUUAAGAAUAAAUAUAUUAUAUUUG